CUCCUCCUCCUCCUCCUCUUCCUCCUCCUCCUCCUCUACUACACAUUGAAACAUAAAGACGCUCCAUACGCAGCACACUCCCACAUCUACAACCUCCAUCAUCGUCUCUGUUCCUUUCUCCCGUGUGGUUCAUCUUGCAAACUAGCCAUCAUGGUUUCCCAUAAGGAGUUUGUGGGUGCAGGGAAGCAGCCAGGGUUGCAGGUGUGGCGUAUUGAGAACUUGGAUCUGAAGCCGGUUCCUAAGGCUCUGCAUGGCAACUUCUUCACCGGGGAUGCCUACCUGCUGCUCUACACCACCUCAGCCCCUUCAUACAACAUACACAUGUGGCUGGGGGACGAGUGUUCUCAGGAUGAGAGUGGAGCGGCUGCCAUCUUUGCCACGCAGCUGGAUGAUUUCCUGGGCGGUGGCCCGGUGCAGUACAGGGAGGUGCAGAACUACGAAUCCAACACCCUUCUGGGGUACUUCAAGUCAGGAAUCAAGUACCAGAAAGGGGGAGUGGCCUCAGGUUUUCAGCAUGUGGUGACCAACGACAUGAACGUGAAGCGCCUGCUGCAUAUCAAGGGUCGGAGGGCCAUCAGAGCAACAGAGGUGGACAUGUCCUGGUCCAGCUUCAACAAGGGAGACUGUUUCAUUGUUGACCUGGGAAAGAACAUCUAUCAGUGGUGCGGCAGUGAGUGUAACCGUUUUGAGAAGCUGAAGGCCGCUGAAGUCGCCAUCGACAUCAGAGAUAAUAUGAGAAACGGCAGAGGCCAACUCCACAUCGUGGAGGAGGGGCAUGAGACGGCAGAAAUCCUUGAGGCUCUGGGGCCCAAAACUGAAAUUGCCCCCGGUGUUGCAGAUGAUGACAAGGCGGACACGUCCAACAGGAAGAAGGGUGCCCUCUACAUGAUCUCCGAUGCAUCUGGUUCGAUGAAGGUGACCGCCGUGGCUCAAAGCAGUCCCUUCAAACAGGCCAUGUUGUCUCCCGAAGAGUGCUACAUCCUGGACAACGGGCCGGACAAGAACAUCUUUGUUUGGAAAGGACCCAAAGCCAACAUGGCAGAGCGUAAAGCAGCCAUGUCAGCAGGACAGCAGUUCAUCAAAGACAAGGGGUACGCCCAAAGGACACAGAUCCAAGUUCUUCCUGCCGGAGGUGAGACGACUCUGUUUAAGCAAUUCUUCAGUGACUGGAGGGACAAAGACGAGACUACAGGCCCCAGUAAGGCUUACACCAUCGGCCGCAUUGCCAAAGUGGCACAGGUGCCCUUCGAUGCCUCCAGUCUGCACUCUAACAAGACCAUGGCAGCCCAGCACGGCAUGGUGGAUGAUGGCAAGGGAAAGGUUCAGAUUUGGCGCGUUGAGAACGGCGAUAAGGUGCCUGUGGAUCCCUCCUCCUACGGUCAGUUCUAUGGUGGAGACUGUUACCUCAUCCUCUACAGCUACAGAGUGGGAGGCCGGGAGCAACACAUCAUAUACACCUGGCAGGGGCUGAAGUGCACACAGGAUGAGCUGGCGGCGUCAGCGUUCCUCACGGUGCAGCUUGAUGACUCAAUGCAAGGAGCCCCGGUUCAGGUGAGAGUGACUCAGGGCCAGGAGCCUCCACACCUGAUGAGCCUGUUCCAGGGCAAACCUAUGAUCAUCCACACCGGGGGAACGUCACGCAAAGGUGGACAGUCGCAGGCCGCCGGCACUCGCCUCUUCCACAUCCGGCAGAGUUCUUCUCAUGCUACCCGAGCUGUUGAGGUCGAGGCCUCUGCCUCCAAUCUUAACACCAAUGAUGUGUUUGUGCUAAAAUCCUCCAACGCCCUGUUUGUCUGGCGGGGCACGGGUGCCAGUGAUGAGGAGAUGGAGGCUGCUAAGCAUGUGGUGGGCUUUUUGGGUGGCAGUCCCAGUCAGGUGUCGGAGGGCAAAGAGUCAGGUGAUUUCUGGUCUGCUCUUGGUGGAAAGAAGGAAUACCAGACCUCCAAGAGUCUGCAGAACGUGGUCAAACCCCCACGUCUGUUUGGCUGCUCCAACAAAACUGGAAGACUCGAUGUUGAAGAAGUACCAGGAGACUUCACUCAGUCAGACUUGGCCACUGAUGAUGUCAUGAUCCUGGAUACCUGGGACCAGAUCUUCAUUUGGAUCGGCAAUGAAGCUAAUGCAGUAGAAAAGACUGGAGCUCCCAAGAUAGCAAAAGAAUAUGUUGACUCAGACCCCUCUGGUCGUGGAGGACUGCCCAUCACAACCAUCAAACAGGGAGCAGAGCCUCCAACUUUCACUGGCUGGUUCCAGGCUUGGGAUUCCAAGAUGUGGGAGACGGACCCGUUGGAAAGAAUCCGUUGCCGUUUCUAAACUCCACGCUCUCUCUACCAAUCUGACAUCUUACCUUGUCCAGCACUCCCUAUUGCCAUUUUGUUUACCUUAACUUUAAUCCCUAAGUGCCAACCAAUAUUAUCAUGUUGUAUGGGAGCUUCUAUGCCUUGGUUAUGGUGCAGUGCAUCAGACUUAUAAACAGGAAUGCAUCCCAUCAAUAGUCAAAUGGCUUCCUGUAGUAACAUCAUUAACAGCUUGUUGCCUUUGUGUCUUUAUCUAAGUCCAUAAUAUGAAUAGGAAACUAGGAGAGGAAGCUAUUUUAGACAGCUGGAGAUAUCCUCUGCUUUUCACUGUUCAGAAGACACCACCAUCAUGCCUUCCUUUCUUUCAUACCAAAAACAGUUUACCGCAUUACUACGCCGUGUCUGUAUGUUGUGUUUGAUCAUUACUAGAAGUUGCAUUUUUUUUUUUUCAUAUUCUGUGCUUGUGAAUUUUAAAAGGCGUACAGUGGUUUUGUACACAUGUCAACUCUUUAUUACUUGAAAUGCUCACAUGGAUGGCUUUCAAAUAAAACUCCCAGUAUUUCAAA